AAAAAAGGGAAAUCUCCCCCUCACCUAUUAAGUUCCCAACGCGAAAAAAACAAACAAAUCCUGAUAAAGUCAAUGCUAUAACCUGUUAUGUUAAUGACUAUGAUUAAUACCUAGUAUGUUGAUAGAUUGACUAUGAUAUUGACUCCGAUUUAAACAACAAAAAUAAGAAAGUAAAGUUAAACAAACAAACAAAGCUUAUGUAGGCUAGUAUGAAAUUAAAACGAUUGAGCAGUGUCACAGUUCAGGUGACGUGACAAGUGCCUAACACAGUCCUAUAAUGACUGGGUCGUAGUUGUGCAAGUGGGGUACAGUUGUUAGCUAGUGUGCGGGUGUGCCCGCGAGUUUCUAUGCAACGUAAAACGUAUUUCGAGUUUGUGGACAUGUUCCUAGAGUGUUUAGAGUUAAAACAGGAAUGAAAUUGUCUCUAUACUUAAAGCUCGAUUAAAAAAAAAACAUAAUCAAGAAGUAUGAACUGUCAGGUUGAGUGAUCACACAAAGUGACACAAUGUAAUUCAAGCAAUCAAGUUCCAACUAGACUGUGUAUGUGUUGAGAACUUACAGUAGUUCAAUAGACCUUCAGUCAUGUCUGAACAUGAUAACCAGCUAGAGGCUCGGAGGCUUCGGGAGCUGUUUAGAGGCAGAUUCAAUCAGAACGAGGCAGAGCUACUUCUUCAGCAUCACCAGGAUCUAUAUGGAGCAGCGAACUUUGUCUUGGAGAACGAACCAGAAGUUGUAAACAGCAUUUUAAAUAGGAAAGGAGAAGACUACCUCAAGAUUACUAUAGAAGAGUCAAAGAAAGUCAAGGAUUUACUGGAAGGCGGUCUAGAGAAAGAGUCUCGACCCAGAUUAUUUGCUUGUAAAAGGUGUGAGCGAGCCUGGUGGAAAGUUGUGUCUUUACGAAAAGAGGUAUCCAGGUGCUACAGGUGUCAAGUGAAAUACGAUCCAGUGCCUAGAGACAGUGAAUGGGGGCGUGGCAGAUUUCGAUGUGGACAUUGCCAGAAUGAGUUUAUUACCACCGCUAUCAUGGGGAUGACCGUCUCCUUAUGUCACAGCUGCAACUAUCCUGUGGCGCCCUACGAGAUUGUUCCCCCUGUAAAGAGUUCACGUCGUCGCAGAUCAAGGACCGACACCUACGAGUGGCACGGAAGCAGGAGGAGCUACCCUCUACCACCGUGGGGCGGUCCUAGCGACCAACACAACUGUAAUGGUGUCAACUGUUACAACGGCAAUGAUUUCCCACAAAAUCCUAACGGGAUACAAGAUAACCCACUAGGUGUAGAUGUGCAGAAGUUGGAACGUAACGCAAGACUUGGAAGAAUCCCACGUAAACAUGAGAAACCAGCUGUAUGCAUCGAUACCGGUUCCAAACCCCUCCCUCCUGCAGUCAGAGUACGGACAUGGAGUGAGAGGCAUGUCAGCACAGGCUCAACAGUGGCCACGUGCCUGGACCAAGGCGACCUGGAGUCCUGCACCAUCAGUCUGGCCUACACAUUUAUAACGGUUCAAUCAUGAACGAUUCCUAUACUGCACAAAUUGUUGGCUUCCACAUGUGGUUGAUGUAUAAGAACAGUUGUAAAUAAAAUG